CUCAUCCGAUUUUCUUAUAAGGGACACAGCGAGUUAACUAUUCUAAUGAAACUAGUUGGAAGAAUCUUCAAGAUAUCAAUACCAUGCACGCCAAGGCAGUGUCGAACAGGUGGUAUGCGCAUGUAAUCGCAAAUGGGCUUUUUAUUUGAGUAAUCCUUGUUUCUCGAAACACUUUUUUCAGAUUUCUUAUCGAAGCGUAAGAACCAAGAACAAAUUUUAGAACAAAGUAAGAUGACAAAUAUCGCGAAGGAUGCUUCUGCAUCCUACCGCGAGUUUGAGGAUGCGGUCCUUGAGCGAUUGGGGGCGGAGAUCGCGCAGGAACAGGUUGCUCAAUACGCAAGAGAAGUCGAGGCAAGAUUUUCGACGAAUCUUCCGGACGAGCUGGUGCAAGUUAUCAAAGAAAGGACCGCUGGGAAUGCCGAUGCGCGGGACAUCUUUCGUUCGGCGUCUGACAUGCGCGCAAUCGCGGAAGCUGCGAACAAUAAGCGGGCGAAGGAGGAAAAGAUCAGGGCGGAAUCUGAUCGGAUGUUUCUCCUCGAGCCCUGGGUUCUGAAAUGCAAACGGAUCGUGCUCGAGCAGUGGGAAAAAAUGCACGGGGCGAAGGGCAGUGGCAAAUCGUAAUGU